AAAAAAAAAAAAAUCACUGGUAAUGAAGAACGAUAAAGAGACAGACACAGACUCUGACAAGGACAAGCGAGCAGGCAGACACAGGCGCAGAGGAAGCUGUAAGGGAUAACUUGUGGACAUGGACGUGUCUGUUUGAGCAGACAAACACAACACAACAGGUUCACCGCAGCGGGGAGCAUGUCGACGGUAGAAGGAGCCAGGCAGCGAGAGGAAGGGGACUACGGAAGGGCGGCGAAGCGGCUGAAAACAGAGGAGAGGGAGACGGAGGAGAGAGAGGAGGGGGAGGAGGAGCUGGAGGAGGGGGAGGAUUCGGACACCGGCUCGCUGACCGGUAACGGGGAGUCGACUGCAGACACCCGGGCCCGGUGGAGUGACAACCAGUACGGAGCAGGACGGAGGGAUAAUGGUGAGGACUCCCAUCGCAUCUCUCCAAGCCCGGUGGUCCAUGUCAGGGGUCUGUGUGAGGCGGUGGUGGAAGCUGACCUGAUUGAUGCCCUGGAGAAGUUCGGAUCUAUAUGUUAUGUGAUGAUGAUGCCGUUCAAGCGUCAGGCUCUGGUGGAGUUCUCAGCCGUGGAAAGUGCGGACCGCUGUGUGUCCUGUGGUGCCAAGGAGCCUGUAUACAUUGCAGGCCAACAGGCAUACUUUAAUUACUCCACAUCCAAAAGAAUUACCAGGCCGACCAACGCUGAUAACCCCAACAGUGGCAACAAGGUCCUUCUGCUGUCCAUACAGAACCCACUGUACCCUAUAACCACGGAUGUUCUGUACACAGUAUGUAACCCUAUCGGCAGUGUGCUGAGGAUUGUCAUCUUUAAACGAAAUGGAAUCCAAGCCAUGGUGGAAUUUGAGUCCAUUCAGUGUGCUCAGAAGGCCAAAGCUGCUCUGAACGGAGCGGACAUCUAUGCUGGUUGCUGCACACUCAAGAUUGAAUAUGCAAGGCCAACACGUCUGAAUGUGAUUAAGAAUGACAACGAGAGCUGGGACUACACUAAACCAUACCUGGUCCGACGAGACCGUGGAAAGGGCAGGCAGAGACAAGCCAUUUUAGGGGAACACCCAUCAUCUUACAGUGAUAACGGCUAUGGUCCACCCUGCCCCCUACUGCCUCUACCCGGCAACAGCAGAUACAAGCUCACCUCAGUGGAUGUUCCAGACAUGGUUUCCUACCCUCUGCCCCAAUCAUCAUCCUCGUACUCUGGUCAUGCCCCCAGUUCUGUUGCCAUGGUGAGCGGCCUGCAUUCCUCCAAGAUGAACUGCACACGGAUCUUCAACCUCUUCUGCCUCUACGGCAAUAUUGAGAAGGUGAAGUUCAUGAAGAGUGUUCCUGGUACUGCAUUGGUCGAGAUGGGAGAUGAGUAUGCUGUGGAUCGAGCCAUCACACACCUCAACAGCAUCAAGGUGUUCGGCAAGAGACUCAAUGUUUGUGUGUCUAAGCAGCAUGCAGUGAUCCCAAGUCAGGUGUUUGAGUUGGAGGAUGGCAGCAGCAGUUAUAAGGACUUUGCCAUGACCAGGAACAACCGCUUCAGCAGUGCUGGACAGGCCUCCAAAAACAUCAUCCAGCCUCCAUCUGCAGUGUUACACUACUACAACGUUCCUCCAUGCAUAUCACAGGACCAUUUACUGAGGCUGUGUACGGAGUAUGAUGUGCCUGGCUUUGUCAAAUUCAAGAUGUUUGAUGCCAAACCCUCCUCUAAGACCAUAUCUGGCUUGUUGGAGUUUGAUAGUAAGACGGAGGCUGUGGAGGUUCUUACUGUUCUUAAUCAUUACCAGAUCAGGAUACCCAAUGGGUCCAAUCCAUACACCCUGAAGCUUUGUUUCUCCACCUCAUCUCAUCUUUAAAAGUGGCAGAGCACUGGAAGAAUCUGCCGAGCCCAAUGACGGCUGACCUCUGACAUGAGAGGAGGGGAAGGGACCAUGAGAGGCGGACUCAAAGGAAAGGAAAGGAGAGACGAUCAAAGACAAGUAUGAAAGAAAAAGAGAUUGAGACAGAGAGAGCAAUAGAUGG